AUGCCGCCGAGCAGAAAGCGAAAGGCCGCCGAGCAUGGGCGGAGCGACAUUAAAAGAUCUCUUUUCUCAGGCAGGAGGAAUCAUUCUGUGCGUUCUUCAGAAAACGUGGUUGAGAGUGACGACUGCGCUCCUCGCAGCCAGACUGAGCCCAAAGACUUUGACUACGGCUCGCCACUUCCACGUGGCCAGAUAAGACUGCUCAAGCUCCGAAAAGGCAGCAAGGGCGACUCAAUCAUAUGUGACAUGCAUACUAGGGUAGCCCAUGAUGUGGAUUAUUACGCACUAUCCUACGCAUGGGGUAGCCCGAUCAUGGACCGAUCAAUUCUUUGCAACGGCCGGUAUCUCUCCAUUACCUCUAACUUACAUACCAUCCUCUGGCAUCUCCGUGAGACGCACACUGACGCCUAUCUAUGGAUCGAUGCCAUUUGCAUAAACCAGACAGAUACGCAAGAGAAGACAGCCCAGGUCCGUAUGAUGUCUGUAAUCUAUCGCAAUGCGCGUAUGGUCAUCGUCUGGCUGAGCGAAGGUGUUCCAUCCACGGCUGCUGGCAUCGAGCUUCUGUCACUGCUCUGCAACAUCUUCCCCUCUGGCAAUGGAGAGGACAUUAGGAAUCUCUACCUCGACUUUCCUUCGCUUCCAAAUCCAACAGACUCUGCCUCUUUCGUGGCAUUGGGCCUACCUGACACGACACCGGACUCCGAACCUUGGCAAGCUGUGGGUAAAAUACUAGAAGCCUCAUGGUUUACAAGACGCUGGGUCCUUCAGGAACUACACAACUCUGGACAAUGCUGCUUUCGAAUUGGUGCACACCAAGUGACUCCCGAGAUUGUCCUUGGUGGUCUAUACCGCGUCAUGAUGUACGACCAGUUCCGUUAUGCACUUAAUCAUGAACAAAGCCGGGUUGAUAACCACAUUAUUCCCAUGGUCCAGAUGAUGCGAGCCGUCAUCAGAUCCUCGCGACCGAUUUUUGCGAUUAUUGGAUGCUUCGAAGAUCCUCCAAGCCAUCGGGUUGACUACGAAAAGAAAAUGCCCCAGAUACUCAUGGACAUUGCAACGUCCGAACCUGAUCAUGAGAAAGGGAUCGAAGCACUGUUUCGGGGUUUCUGCUACAUUGACACGCUCUGCGAUUACCCUGAUGUGCCGUCUUGGAUCCCAAGUUGGCAAAUUUCAAGUCCAUACUUUAGUCCGCUAGAUAACAAAAUGUUCGACGACGGCGUAGAUGUCGAGCAGUCUUCGAUCAUCGUCUCCGGUAAAGUACUGCGAUCAGGCGCGAUUGUCUUCGACCGCAUUGAUACCACGGCGGAUUUGUGUGUUGGCUUCGAAGUGGUGCGCCCGUGGGCAGGACAGGAUCACGCUUCUCAAGAGAAAGAACAAACACUGGCUACGCAUACCAGAUGCAAUUGGCUCAUGGAAUGCAAAAGUAUUGCUCAAGCUGCUGGUGGGGAAUCAAACCGAGACCUUGGCCAGUUUCUCGACUGUCUCCUUGACCACAGCUACAGCGAGGAUGGACUAUCGCGAGAUGACAUAAUCAGAUUGUACGAGGGUAACAUGCAGACCUUUGCAAUGCGUUUCGCACGAGAAGAAUGCAGUGAACCUCGCGAGCUGGUCCAGCGAUUCAAACAUCAUUGUUGUAGGUUAGGUGUUGAGGCGCCAGAGUUGCAUGGGAAAGCCGACAUGUCCCAGAUACGCAAGUAUCACAACAAGCUAGCCGAGUCAGCGAUAGCCUUCAAGGAGUUAACUGCGGCAGUAACGCUGGGCCGUCGAUUUUUUGCAAGUAAGGGUGGUAAGAUCGGGUGGAGCCCCCAAUCAGCUCGGCCAGGCGAUGAAAUAUGUGUGUUCUUUGGCUGUACGAUGCCAUUCGUUGUUCGGAGGGUCGAAGAUCGGACUAAACAGGACAACAGAUAUCGACUUGUUGGAGCUUGUUACAUGGAUGGAUUCAUGGAUGGUGAGGUCUUUCUGGACGAGGCAUUGGAGCGUACAAUUAUAGAGCUAAUCUGA